CGGGACCAGAGGUGGGCAUCGCGGAAGGAGCCUUCUGCCAAAGGGAGGCCUCCGAGGAUCGGACCCGCAGCUGCAGUGGGUUGUGCAGGCCGGUGAGCUGUGAGCAGAGCCUUGAGGAACGUGGACUGGCCAGGCCUGGAGAUGGCUGGAAACUGCUCCUGGGAGGCCCACCCCACCAACUGGAACAAGGUGUGUCCCGGCGUGAGCGAGGCCCCCGAGCUCUACAGCCGGGGCUUCCUGACCAUCGAGCAGAUCACCAUGCUGCCGCCGCCGGCCGUCAUGAACUACAUCUUCCUGCUUCUCUGUCUCUGCGGCCUGGUGGGCAACGGGCUGGUCCUCUGGUUUUUCGGCUUCUCCAUCAAGAGGAGCCCCUUCUCCGUCUACUUCCUGCACCUGGCCAGCGCAGACGUCGGCUACCUCUUUAGUAAGGCCGUGUUCUCCAUUCUGAACACGGGGGGCUUCCUGGGCCCCUUUGCCGACUACAUCCGUGCCGUGUCCCGGAUCGUGGGGCUCUGCAUGGUCCUCACCAGCGUCAGCCUUCUGCCAGCCAUCAGCUCGGAGCGCUGCCUGUCGGUCAUCUUUCCCACCUGGUAUUGGCGCCGUCGGCCCAAGCGCCUGUCGGCCGUGGUGUGCUCGCUGCUCUGGGCCCUGUCGCUGCUGGUCACCUGCGUCCACAACUACUUCUGCGUGUUCCUGGGCCGCCAGGCGUCCGGGGCGGGCUGCAGGCACGCGGACACCUUCCUGGGCACCCUGCUCUUCCUGGUCUUCUGCCCGCUCAUGGUGCUGCCCUGCCUGGCACUCAUCCUGCACGUGGAGUGCCGGGCCCGGCGGCGCCAGCGCUCGGCCAAGCUCAACCACGUCAUCCUGGCCGUGGUCUCGGUGUUCCUCGUGUCCUCCAUCUACCUGGGCAUCGACUGGUUCCUCUUCUGGGUCUUCCGGAUCCCGGCGCCCUUCCCUGAGUACGUCACUGACCUGUGCCUGUGCAUCAACAGCUGCGCCAAGCCCGUGGUCUACUUCCUGGCCGGCAGGGACAAGUCGCAGCGCCUGUGGGAGCCUCUCAGGGUGGUCUUCCAGCGGGCCCUGCGGGACGGGGCCGAGCCGGGGGAGGCGGGAGGCGGCACGCCCAACACGGUCACCCUGGAGAUGCAGUGUCCCUCAGGGAACGCCUCCUGAAAGGCCGGGUGCCUGCAGGCAAGGCGGGGCCCGCGUGACCUCCAGAGACCCUUGACAGAGGGACAAGAGCCGGCAGCGGCCCUGGGGCCCAAGCGCAGGGAGAGAAAGCCGCUCCCGCCUGCAAGCCGCCUUCUCCCAGGGCACAGGCUCCCCUGGGGAGGCUGGCAGCAAGACAGACAGCCCCCCAUGGCCCUGCCAGGCUCCCCCGGCCACCCCUCCUUCCCUGAGCUGCGGUACAGAAGUCGCCCCCAGGCCAUGGGCCGGGUGUGGGGCUCCUCCUGACCCCAGGAUGGUCAGGAAGGGAGAGGAGGGAGUCACUCAGCCCUGUCCACCUCCUGCCCGAGAGGCAGCCCUCUCCCAGAAUGACUGUGCCAGCACCAUUGCCCAUCGGGCCAGAACUUCCUCCUGCCGUGAGGACACCUCCUGGCUCCGUUCUGUCCUUUUAAGGUGACCUUGUGAGCUGUGGGGGAGAGCUGCCCCUUAACCACCUCAGGGUCCCGUCUUUCUGUGGAUGACGUUCCCGCCUCUGGGGGGCCCUUGGGCGGCCCAAAUGGCGGGGCUUCUGUCCUGGCAAGUGGCUGGACGCAGAAAGGAGCCUCGGCCGGCUUGGGUAACUCUCUCUCCUUUCUGACUCCGUGCCGGCUGGUGCAUCCGAGCCGCCAUCUGCCUGGCCCGCGGGGCUCUGGUGGGCCAUCUGAAAGUGGGCGCUGGCUCUCCCUGGCCACUCCAGCCCACCUGCAAGCACGGUGGCCCAGCUUGGUC